CACCACCACAUCUGAUUUCAAUCUGCGAAUUUCUCUUUAAACCCUACAAACCCUUUUCCCGAUCAAACAAUGACGCUCCACGCCGCAGUGAUCCAGAAGCUUCUCAACACCGGCUCCCAUCUCGGCCGCCGCGCCGCCGAGCACCAUUUCAAACAGUACGCCUACGGGACCCGCAACGGGAUGACCAUCAUCGACUCCGACAAAACCCUGAUCUGCCUCCGCAGCGCCGCCAGCUUCGUCGCCAACCUCGCGCACAUGAGAGGGAACAUCUACUUCGUCAACACCAACCCUCUCUUCGACGAGAUCGUCGAGCUCACUUCCCGCCGCAUCCAGGGCGACGCGUACAACCACAACCGCUCGAUGAAUCUGUGGAAGAUGGGAGGGUUUCUGACGAACAGUUACAGUCCCAAGAAGUUUCGGUCGAGGCACAAGAAGCUUUGCUUUGGGCCGACGACGAUGCCUGAUUGCGUCGUUGUGUUUGAUACCGAGAGGAAGAGCUCGGUGAUACUCGAGGCCGCGAAGCUUCAGAUUCCUGUUGUGGCGAUUGUUGAUCCGAACGUGCCGUUGGAGUUCUUUGAGAAGAUUACGUAUCCUGUGCCGGCACGUGACUCGGUUAAGUUUGUUUAUUUGUUUUGUAAUGUGAUCACUAAGUGCUUUGUGGCUGAGCAGAUGAAGAUGGGGAUCAAGGAUGGUAGUAGCAACGAUGAUGUGAUGAAGGAUUUAGCUGCAUGAUUUGGAUAUUCACAGCACACGUUCUUAAGUCUCGAAUCAUUGUUUCUUCAGCAUUGUGGUUUUCUCUACUUUGAAAUUCUGAGUGUUCUUUAUUACAUUUGGAUGAUUUUUGUUCAUGUGAUGGUUAUUAAGCAACAGUUUUUACAAAGGUAGAUUACAUCAGAGCCAAUUAAUCAUA